CAUAGCAACUGGAAACAACAAAACGAAAUUUUUGCAGCGUGACGAAGUUGCUCGAAGUCUUUCAAAGCAUACAAAAACAUAGAAUUUGAAACAUUUGUUUAAAUUUUCUUGACACUUCCACAUUGUAGCCAUGAUUCUCCCGACUGACUCCUUGCUGAAGUAUGAUAAUCCGGUGCUGGUGAGCAAGAAUACAGAGAGGAAGUCUCCAAGGAGUCGCCCUUUGAAAGUGAGUCCCCAACAGAUGGUAGAGAGCGGGCCAGUGCCACCUCCACCCAAACCCAAGAGCCCCACAGCGGAGGCCAGCAAACAGCAAACCGAAGAGAUCCUGAAUGCCAUUCUACCACCAAGGGAAUGGACGGAGGAGAACCAGUUGUGGGUGCAGCCGGUGUCCAGCACUCCAUGUACACGCAUGGAUGUCAUUCAUUUGCAAGAACAACUGGACAGAAGCCUGCAGGCAAGGCAGGCCAGAGAGACGGGUAUCUGCCCUGUGCGCAGAGAGCUCUACUCUCAGUGCUUCGAUGAGUUAAUCAGACAGGUCACCAUUAACUGCGCUGAGCGGGGUCUCCUGCUGUUGCAAGUAAGAGAUGAGAUUCGCAUGACCAUCGCUGCCUAUCAAACACUGUAUGAGAGCAGUGUGGCCUUUGGCAUGAGGAAAGCACUUCAAGCAGAGCAUGGGAUGGCUGACAUGGAGAACAAGAUUUUAGAGUUAGAGAGUGAGAAGCGAGAUUUGGAGAGGUUGUUGAACGAGCAGAAGGCUAAAUGUGAGGCCAUUGAGAGGCGGGAAGCCGAACGGCGGGAAAUUGAGGAAAAGAAGCAUGCCGAAGAGGUCCAGUUCCUCAAACGAACUAAUCAACAACUCAAGGCACAGCUGGAGGGCAUAAUUACCCUGAGGAAUAAGGCUUAAAUAUUAUUAGAAUAAUAAAACACUGAACACUGUUUCAAUGAAUAAAACAUUUAUUAAAGCA